GGGAAAAAAAAAAGGAAGAAGACAGAAAAGUCCAAAAGGGAAGCACGAGUUCUAUAGCUAGUCUUUUGGAGUCAAUCAUUUCUCUCUUCUGUGUUCAGGAUUUUCCUACUACCGUUUCCAUUUGAGAGAAGAAUCAGCUUCGUCUUCUUGCAAUUGGACGAAGGAAACGACUGAACAAAGGGGUGAUUUUGAACCCCUUCAUCGGAUUUCUUCUUCUUCGGGUCUCUUUCCUCGAUGGCGGAUCAGGCAUCUCAAAUUGACGGACAAGAUGGGGAGAAGAACAUGCAAAGCUUGGAUAAUCCGCAAAAGCCGAAUAUAUCAGUGACGGUGUCAAACCCCGUCGAUACCGAUGGGAGUCCCGCUGCAACUCAUGGAAGCAUACCACAAUCUGUUGACUCAUUGCUUCAACUCGAGCUCAAGGACAAAGUCUCAAAGUCGAAGGACAACCAGCCUCGAAAGGCCACAGCCUCCCCUCAACGGAGGACGGUGAGAACCAGCCUUGGAAACGAACACAGUGCCGAGCACUCUCCUUUCCACCACCAUCAUCAAGCACGAAUUUUGGACAAGGGUGGUAGCUUUGUGCCUUCUUGGGAAAGGAAGGUCUCUUCGGCAUCGAACACUCCCGGAAGGUCCAGACUCAAAGCCGGCAGUCGAGCUGAUGAAUCCCCCGAGGAAGGCGCGGCGGUGCCGAAAUUCGGCGAAUGGGAUGAGGACAAUCCUUCCUCAGCUGAUGGCUUUACAGGAAUUUUCAACAAAGUGAGGGAGGAGAAGCAGACUAGUGCAACAAAAGUUCCAAUGCUCACUGAUGACUCUGUCUACCUCAAUAAUUUUCACCAUCAGAAGGGAAGCAAGAGGUCUACAAUUUGGUGCUGCUUCAAGUGGGGAAAGAAGUGAGGUGAUAAGGAUGCUUGAGAGUACUGUAAAAGGCUUUUAUUUGCUUGUAAAUAGCAUCAGGGAAGACUGCUUGUGAAGGUGUUUUUAUGUAUUUAUGAAAUUCAUUCUUUUACUCUCUGCUUCAUGCUAAAAAACUGCUACUUUAUUCUUAAUUUGUUUCUGCUAAAAUUAA